AUGGCCAACGCAAGACUCCAGCGUGUCGAAGCGAACUGCAAGAUCAUCUGGGGAGACCACUUCGAAUACGACUUGGACUGCGAAACCGAUGACUAUAUCCACUUCUCAUACGUCGUCAAACGAGAUUUUGGGACUUCAUUCGGUCCACCACUGACUAUGACUGGACCUUGCGGCUCAGAAGAGGCCGCUUUCAAGGAAUUGGACCGGAUGUUAGGAUUGUGGGCAGCGCAGGUCACACGCGGAACGCCGAUGACCAGGGAGGAAAGUUUGAAGAUAUUUGGCGGGCCUAGAGGAGGACAACGGUGGAUUCUGAAUAGAGUCUGGGAUACACUUGAGAAACGAGAAGGUGCUGUUUAG